GAACCACGUCUGUUUAUACCCUUACUGAAUCACAGACAGCCACAAUCCAGUUCCUUCUUGUCGCCAGUCUUUCUCAUUGCAGCAAAAAAAAAACAGUAUCGAGUCACCAAAACGUCUUGUAACAUCUCAAUUGAGCCAUACGAAGCUCUCUCCUCCCCCUCAAAUCCCUCCCAACUCCUCAAGGAAUACCAAACACCACCAAAAUGUCCCUCCUCAGCAUUAUCAAGUGCUGGAUUGGCAAGCUCUUCUCUUUCAAUUGCCAAAAGAAAGGUUCCGGUCCCGCCGACUCCAGCAGCGAGUUGAUCUUCCCAGUCCUUCUCCACGAAGAUCCAGCUUUUAUUCAGAAGGCCCCUGGGGUAUUUAUGAAGGGUAGCAUGGAGCUGGGUUUGGAUGAGGUCUUGGAUGAGGAUGAGGGAAUGGGUGAUUUCUUUCCGGGUGGAGAAGAGGAUGAGCGGGGAGAUGGUAACGGAGGAAUGGUUGUUCCGUAUGAGCGGGCUCCUAAAUUGGGGAUUUAGGGGUUGAGUUGAAUGUUUUGGAGCUUUUUGAGGACAUUGAGGGUUGGGUGGAUGGAUGGAUAGUAUGGAUCAAUAGAGGAAAUUUGGCGUUUGUAUGUCGUUGGGUUGUUUGGUGACCUUGGGG